CAACAAAGUGGUCUCAGAGCUUGAUUCUUUUUUGGUUGGCUUCUUGUGUUGUUUAUGAUGGAUGACAAAGUAAUUGUUCAAGGAAUGGUUAGUUUGGACUCUACGAAUUAUUCAAUUUGGAAAAUUCGUAUUGAGGAUUAUUUAUGCUCUAAAGAUUUGCUUGACCCAAUUUUGUAUAAAGAACGUCCAAUAGGUGUUGAUGAGAAAGCUUGGACUACCUUGAACCGGAAAGCUAUUGCAUCAAUCAGACAAUAUGUUUCUUUAAGUGUGUUGCAACAUGUUGCUAAUGAAACUAAUGCUUUUGAGAUGUGGAAGAAACUUGAAUCCAUGUACGAGAGGAACAAUGCUAUGGGAAAAGCUUCUUUGAUUAGGAAGCUUGUUAAAUUGCAAUACAAAGAUGGUGAUAGCAUUGUGGUUCACACGAAUGAGGAUGAACUUCAAGCUUUGUUGUUGCUUUCCUCAGUGCCCGACAGUUGGGAUACAUUGGUGGUUUCACUUAGCAACUCUGCUCCGGAUGGCAAUAUGACUAUGGAGAUGGUCAAGGCUAGUUGAAUGAAGAGGCUAGGAGGAAAGAAUCAGCCCAAUUGUUUUCUUUAUGGUGGCCCAUAUACUAAAUAAUAAUAAAAAAGAGAGAAAAAGAUAAGGGAGCAAAAGAAGAGGAGUAGAAUGUAGUGGCAGUAGCUAUACACAGAAAAAAAAAGAAGAAAAACAGAAUUUUCGUCUCUGUGCAGCAGCAACUUUUUACCUCCGGAUCGAAGUCCAAAUGAAGUCGGAUCGUGCUCAAAUUUUAGUAUGUUGUUUCUUACAUACUCCUCUUCAAAUCCAACGGUCAGUUUAUCAUUUUGAUGCCCGAAAGGUGGUUUUCUUGCUGCUUUUUCAUACCUGCGUUUUUUUAGUGUUUUUUACUCCGUUUUGGUGAAUUGUUGGUUGUUGUUGUUCAAGGGUUGUUCCUUGAUGAUUGUGUAUGCCUCUAGUGUUGACUAGAGAGGAGAACUUGUUGUAUCCACUUGGUUCUUGGUGAUUAGUGGAAGUUUGGGUGCCGUUGUUGAGCGGCUGUGGUUUUCUCCCCGAUAUGGGGUUUCCACGUAAAUCGUGUGUUCUUUAUUUUAUUUCUGUUGCUAUUUAUAUCUGGUGGUGCUGCUGAUUUUUGGAGUAUAUUGUGCUUUGUUG